GUCGAGGUCGAGCUCAAGUGGGAUCACUCCUUCAAGUUACACCACUUAUAGGGGUCCUGACCUGCCACCUCCGCUGUGACUCGUCCUCAGGCUGACGCUGCCUUUCUAACUACCAUCAUGGCCGAGGGAAGAGUGCACAACUUCGGGGCUGGUCCUUCCGCACUGCCCAUCGAUGUCCUUGAGGAGGCCACCAAAGGUCUGCUGAACUUCCAGGAGACUGGAAUAGGCAUCGCGGAGAUCAGUCAUCGUUCGAAGGAAUUCACGGCGUUCCUCAGCGAGACCGAGGAUCAGAUCAGGACGCUACUUCGGGUGCCCCCGACGCACAAGAUUCUUUUCACCCAGGGCGGAGGGAGCGGUCAGUUCUCCUCGGUCGUCCUCAAUCUGCUCGCGAGACAUCACUUGCUGCACCCGGACCUCAAGAAUGAGGAUCGCGUUAUGGACUAUGUCGUUACCGGCUCAUGGAGCAAAAAGGCCAUGGAGGAAGCGAAGCGGCUGGGUGGAGGGAGGGUGAAUAUCGCAGCGGAUGCUAGGAGAUAUUCACAGGACGGGAAGUCGUUCGAUACCGUCCCGCCUCAUGACGACUACAUUUUCUCUGCGGACCCUGCGCUCAUAUACUACUGCGAGAACGAGACCGUGGAUGGUGUCCAGUUCGCCGGUGAGGCUGGCUUGCCGACCUCCUUCCCGUUCGCCAAACUCCCAGAAAAUACCAUCCUCCCCCUUGUCGCCGAUUACUCGUCUUCGUUUAUGUCCCGGCCCAUCCCACGUUUGGCGGACCAUGCUGUCAUUUUUGCCGGGGCGCAGAAGAAUCUUGGUCCGGCAGGCCUUACCAUCCUAAUCGUCCGUCAAGACUGCUUGGUGGAUGUGGAUGCCGCAGCCAAACUGGGGGCGAUACCCGUUCCCCUCAUGCUGUCCUACAAGACACUCGCAGACUCCAACAGUCUGUACAACACUCCUCCGGUUCUGCCUGUUUACAUUGCCGGGCUAGUACUACGGAAGAUGAGCGCCGAGGGCGGCCUGCAAACUUAUGCGCAGUCGAAUAGAAGGAAGUUUGAGAAAAUCAUCACCGCACUGAAAGAAGGGGAGGCCAAGGGCGCUUACAAAGGUAAGGUGAAGGAAGGGUCGGUAAGCUGGAUGAACAUAGUAUUCGAUGUUCCCGGGGAAGGGCGUCUCCAACAGUUCCUGGAUGGCGCAGCUCAGAGAGGAAUGAAGGGUCUUGCGGGUCAUCGUUCCGUGGGAGGUGUGCGAGUUUCGUUAUACAAUGCGAUUACAGAGGAAGAGACCGAUCAACUGGUUCAGUACAUGAACGAGUUUGCGACCAAGACCUCGUGAAUGUUGUGGAAAGUUAUAAUCCAGUAGAAGCAUACGAUCUGUAAAUAUUGUUUUGGACGGUUGAAUUAAAGCAUCUCAAUGUAAACCC